GAAAAUUUAAUAAUAUUUUUUUUAUACUCCGUGGAUCAUUUGAGUUUAUUUGGUGAUGUUGCUAUAAAUAUCAAAGACGCCAAGAAUUUUAUUAAAAUAAUCCAGAGAAGUUUUUAUUUAACAAUAAAAUUGAAGUCUUAAAACGUAUAUUAAGACUCUAAAUAACUUCAUUUGUGUUUAUAGUUGUCAAACUUUUAUAAAAGGUUAAUUUUCUAACGUGUGUAUCACUUAAUUCUGUAAUAAUGGCAAGAGUAGCUGAUGAAGAACUGAAGAAAGCCUUCAGUGAACUCCAUGAGAAAAUGAUUGAUACAACACAAAAACUAAAAUUAGCAGACAUUCAGAUUGAGUCUUUGAAGCGAUCUAAACAACAUGCUGAACUUACGAUAGCUGAAAUAAGUAAGCUUCCUAGUAAAACCAAAACCUACGAAUCUGUCGGCAGAAUGUUCUUACUUGAUGACAUCGCUACAAUUAAGGCUGGACUACAAACCAGGAUGAAGACUGCAGAUGAAAAGAUAACGACGUUGGAAAAUAAUAAAACCUAUUUUGAACAAAGCUUACAAGAAAGUAAGAAUAAUCUACGAGAAAUGGUUCAGCAAAAACAAAAUAAAGAAUCAAGUUAAAAAUGGAAUAAAAAUUAAAAAGUUUACUUUGUGAAUAAAUAAUGACUUUUCUUUAGUUAUACUAUAAA